CCGGGGUCGCAGGGGAGCGAGUGUGUCCCGGAGGAGGCGGCAGCUCCGCGGACGGUGGGUGCCCUCGCAGCGGGGAAGGCCCCGGCGGGGGUCAGCGGCAGGGGGCUGUCCCCCCCGCGGCCGGCUCUGGCCCUGGGUCUAAGUCGUAGCGGGACCUCGACGCUCCUCGAAGCACCAGCCCGUCCGGGGCGGGUGGGAGGCUGUGGCCGCUGAAUCCCGGCUGCGGAAGCUUCCCGCGCGCCCAGUCGGGACUCUGCGUUAAUAUCCAGGAAGAAGACGUGCCUUCCAGGUCGCCGCAUCUGCCGGCAGGAAUCAUCCGGGCUGCCUGUGCUACUAGAUGAGCGGAGAACUCUGAUGUGAACAGAGUGCCCACAAGGGGUUGCCCUGGAUUCUUGUGCUUUGUAGCGUUUCCCACCUUUUCACAUCUUCUCUGCAUUUAAGUUGGGAACAUGAAGCAGUUGAAAAGGAAAAGGAAAAGCAAUUUUAGUGUUCAAGAAACUCAGACCCUUUUGAAAGAAAUUACAAAACGGAAAGAAGUCAUCUUUUCCAAGCAGCUCAACACCACGAUCAACGUGAUGAAGCGGAUGGCCUGGGAGGAGAUCGCGCAGUGCGUGAACGCCGUCGGGGAGGGCGAGCAGAGGACCGGCGCGGAGGUGAAGCGGCGGUACCUGGACUGGCGGGCGCUCAUGAAGCGGAAGAGGUUGAAGGCGAACAUGAAGCUGGCUGGCCCCGGGUUUCCGCUUCCCACGUCCGACCUGGACGACUCUCUCACCGAAGACCUCGACGAAAAGAUUGGAUUCCGCAACGACGCUAACUUCGACUGGCAGAACGUGGCGGAUUUCCGGGACGCAGGUGGAUCCUUAACUGAGGUCAAAGUGGAAGAGGAAGAAAGAGAUCCGCAGAGCCCCGAAUUUGAGAUUGAGGAGGAAGAAGAAAUGUUGUCCUCCGUCAUACCGGAUUCCAGGAGGGAAAAUGAACUUCCUGACUUCCCCCACAUCGAUGAGUUUUUUACUCUGAACUCAACACCGUCGAGGUCGGCCUACGAUGAGCCCCAUUUGCUGGUGAACAUAGAGAAACAGAAGCUGGAGCUGGAGAAACGGCGCCUGGACAUCGAGGCCGAGCGGCUGCAGGUGGAGAAGGAGCGGCUGCAGGUGGAGAAGGAGCAGCUGCGGCACCUGGAUCUGGAGCAUGAACGGCUGCAGCUGGAGAAGGAGCGGCUGCAGAUCGAACGCGAGAAGCUCAGGCUCCAGAUUGUCAGCUCCGAGAAGCCGUCUCUGGAAAACGAACUCGGCCAAGGAGAAAAGGCCAUGCUUCAGCCACAGGACAUAGAAGCAGAGAAGUUAAAACUUGAGAGAGAACGCUUACAACUGGAAAAAGAUAGGCUGCAGUUUUUGAAAUUUGAGUCGGAGAAGCUGCAGAUUGAAAAGGAACGCUUGCAAGUAGAGAAGGAGAGACUUCGAAUUCAGAAGGAGGGACACUUGCAGUGAUGGAGCUCAGUCCCUGUUGAGCCAGUGUGUGGAAACCAUAGAUUUUUCUCUGUAUCCAGCACUAUAAAAAUGGUUGCAAGAUUAGCUCUGGGUUGUUUCCUGUUUAAUGUCCGUGUUUUCAAUAGGAAAAAGAUAGUUAAGUGUGGGUUACUGUAUACUUAAGUAGCAUACUCCAUAAAAACGACGUGCCCUAGUGUGAACAGUAUAGCGGAAACUGUUGUGCUGCACUCUUUGAAUUAGUAAAAUUACAUAGCGUCUUGUUUCAUCUGUGUGCGCUCAGAGUUGACACGUCUAUGUAAAAUUCUAGCUCAAACUUCGAGCUCGGUGGUUCUCAACAGGGCGGUGAUUUUGACCCCUGGACGACCUCUGGCAACAUCUGGAGACAUUUUUGGUUGUCAGAACGGGGUGUGGGCAGGUUGCUACUGGCGUGGAGUGGGUAGGGGCCAGGGGGCCUACCUGUGUCCUGCCGUGCACGGGCCGGCUCCCCGCCCCCAGAUUAUCCCACACAGCCCAGCAGUACUGCUGAGGUGGAGAAACCCUUUCCUGGCCUGACUGUGCACCUCCAGAGCUUUGGUUUAUAGUUUCAGAAUAUUAACACCUCAGAUAUUUAAAUGGGUAGUUACUUAAGUGGCCAAAGCUUUAACUAUGUAACAUUAGUGUGUAGUAUAUUGAACAUAGGGAAUGAUGAGGAUGGUAGGUAUUUUAUCCCCGUGUUUCUGUCUGUUACCUGAGACUCUGAAAACAAUGCAGGGAAUAUCAGAGAUUGUCCAAGAUGAGUCACUUUGGAAAGCAGUUCAUUCCUCCAGCUGUUGAUGCUUCCGAAGCCACACACGCUGUGUAAGGUUUAGUUCUCUUUUUUUCUUUGAAUUCAUGGUCUUAGUUUUGGUAGAAAAGUUGUUAUUUCAACCAGAUGUACUGAAAUCUUAAUGUAAGUGAAGGUUGAAGCUAGUAAAAGUGGUACCAAUAUAGAAAUGGUCCUGGUAGUCCAUGAGCUUGAAAUCAAACAGUGGUUACUUUUUAAAUAAAUCUUAGCAGCUGCGUGGGCGUGGGGAGGGGGAGGGGGAGAAUGUCCUCUGUGUCAGGCGGUGGUGAUGAAGAAGAUAGUAGCUGUGUGUGAAUGGAUUAGGGACGCGCUUAUCACGCACUGUCUGACCUAAUCUGUAGUAUUGUCAUUCCUGGGUCUGAGGCUCAGAGGAGGAACACUGAGUGGAAGUCUGUGCUGUGUUUUGUCUCUGCCCCUCCCCGAGGACCAAAGUUUGUAUCUUCGGCCCCUGUGGUGUCUGUUCUGAGGCCAAGGGCUGGCUUUUAACCUGUUGGCUCGCCUUCAGUCCCCCGCAGGUGCUGUUUCCACAAUCCAGGUGGCCCCAGUGCACACUAACCUUGAGAAUCGCUGCACGAGAUCACUUUGUAUUUUCUGAUUUCCAGGGCUGACAGUGUAGCUUUAAUCCAUCUCUUCUUUUGACAGAUAAACGACCUGGAUUCUGUGUUUGUUCCUUGUUAAUUUAAGAAUGUCUUGACACCAUAUGUGAUAUUUGAGUAGGGACCUCUAAGGAGAAAAUAUACUUCUGCUUCGUUACCUUGACUUUGAAAUAGUGUUAUU